AAAGCUGGGGCAGCAGCAAAAGUUGGUGCCUUUGGUGGGCUCACUCAUUAAACUCCCCUCUCCCCCUCCUUCUAUACUUCUCCUCCUCCCCUCCCAUUUCCACUCAAAAUUUCAAAACUCAAACCACCCAGCUUGUUCCGAGGAAAAAGCUGAGGUUUCGAAAAAGAAUAUCGAUCUACAGCACGUUUAAGAUAGUUCACAGAGGAGAUCGGUCGGAGAUCUGUUAAGAAGUAACUACUGCACAUCAUGAUGAACACAGCAAGGUUCAUCAAGUGUGUCACUGUUGGCGAUGGGGCCGUGGGCAAGACUUGCAUGCUCAUCUCCUACACCAGCAAUACCUUCCCUACUGAUUAUGUGCCGACAGUGUUCGAUAACUUCAGUGCCAAUGUAUCUGUUGAUGGCAGCACAGUGAACCUUGGCCUGUGGGACACUGCUGGGCAGGAGGAUUAUAACAGGCUGAGGCCAUUGAGUUACAGGGGAGCAGAUGUGUUCUUAUUAGCAUUUUCCCUCAUCAGCAAAGCAAGUUACGAGAAUAUCUCGAAAAAGUGGGUUCCGGAGCUCAGGCAUUACGCCCCGAAUGUUCCAAUCAUUCUCGUUGGAACAAAACUCGAUUUAAGGGAUGAAAAGCAGUAUCAGAUCGACCAUCCUGAUGCCAUACUGAUCACAACUGCUCAGGGUGAGGAGUUGAAGAAGGCGAUUGGAGCUGCUGCUUACAUAGAGUGCAGCUCCAAGACUCAACAGAAUGUGAAAACCGUAUUUGAUGCUGCGAUUAAGGCCGUUCUGCAGCCCCCUAGGCUGAAGAAGAAGAGACGUAAAAUGAGGCCGUGCAUAUUACUCUGAAGUCUGAACAUAUUUCUAGAUCUCGAUCAUUCCCUUGUCGAGAUAUCCUCGGAUACGAUAUUUAAUAUUCGUCCUCUGAUCCUCUAUGCAUUGUGGAAUAUGUAAUCUGUUUUGUUGCCUGUGACUCUAAUGGGAUUUGAGCAGUAAAAUCGCAUUCUCCCAAAAUUAAAAUGAAUGAAGGAAUCGCAUUCUAGCAUCGGA